AUGCCGAGCUUCACCUUCUCCCCAACCAAGCCACCCGCCAAAUUCAGCGACAGCAAUGGCAGGUACACGCGCAUCGAGAGCGGCAAGAUCCCGUCUCGGGGUCGAUCGCUCGCCUCGUCUCGUCGUGGCAAGUACUGUCUAGCCGUCGCCGCUGCUGCAGCCGCGACUGCUCCUGCACAGGAAGAAGAGUACUCGCUGCAUGCAGCGAGCGUGGUCGACAAUGGGUCCGCUCGGAAGCGGAAGGUGAAAGGACCGACGUUGGACGAGGUAGCUUCUACCGCUGGUCGGAGAAGUGUUGCCAUGAUCAUGGACGAUUCCACCAACUCGCCUUCCGACGGUAGCACAAGUGCACCCAGCACCAGCGCAGCACUAUUCACCUCUCACGUGCAAGGGAUCAUCGCCCUGAUCGGCGUCAUCAUCCUGCUGAUCCUCGUUCGAUUCGCCCACAUCUCGGUCGACAACGCGACCUACGUCCGAGGCAGUCUCAACAUGCUCACCGGUCUAGCAGCCACCGCAUCUGCCCACAAACUCUCCAUGACCGUCGCCGUAUCCUCGCUCGCCUCGAUCAAAUCCUCUUCGUCCGGCUCCAACAAACCGCCCUCCACAGCCGUCACCGUCGCAGCGAUGGGCCUAACCGGCGGACAAGCGUUCAACCUCAUCUUUGGGUCCGAUCAAUUCUUCCAGAUCGUCUCGUUCGUCGAAGCCGUCUGCUCCGCCAUCGCCUCCUACAUGGCCGGUUCGAGCAUCGUCACCAGCCAGACGGCCGUCAACAAGAACGGAGUCCCUCUGCUCGAACUAGACCUCAGCCAGGCAGGUACGCUGUGGGGCAUCUGCGGACUGUGGAUCAUCGCCCUGGCCUUGCAUGCGACAACCGCUUUCGCACACAAGAGCACGAUCCAAACUGUCCAGAUGGCAAGCACCGAAAGCAUGCGCGAGAUCGUAGCCGUCAUGCACACCGAAAGCGUCUACUCUGGCAAGCAGUAG